CCUUGGGACCGCCACGUUUCUCUCCACCGUUAACUGUUUCGUGUUUAUAUCUUCCACUAACUGUUUCGUGUUUGUAUCUUCCAUUUCAUUUCUCCAAUCAAUCUUCACUACUCUCUUAAACAUUUUGAAUCUUGGUUUCUGGUUCCAUUGUUUUGAGACACAUAUCAUAACAUCACCAGAUUUCUAGAGAGAGAUGUCAAAGAGAACAACGGCAGUAUUAGUACUAUGGCUGGUGGCGUUGUCGGUGGAGCAGUGCUGCUGGUGUUGGGGUGAAGACACCGCGGAUAACAUCAACCUCAAGGCGGAACAGGCGGAGCAGACCGCCGGCGAUGUCAUGCAAGACGCCGAGGACAAGACCCAUCCUUGGGCUGAUUGGACUAUUGGGAAGUUCUCUCAGGGUUUUAAAUUAAACGAGGACCAAGCUAAAGACAAGGCUCACAGGAUGAUGGAUAAAACAGGGGAUGCAGCAUCAGGAGCUACAGAGUCCAUGAGUUUUGCUGCAUCUGAGGCAUCAAAGUAUGCUUCUGAAAAGGCCUGUGAGGCGGCAAAUUUGGCUAGCGAUAAACUGGAUGAUGCAAAGAACUUUGCCUCUGAGAAGGCACACCGAACCAUGAACAAGGCUUCGGACAUGGCCAGCUAUGCCAAAGAGACAAUGGGAGGAGCAAUGUCAGACGGGGACGAUAAAGUAUCCGAAUUUGCUUCUACGAAGGUCGAUCAAGCCAAGGACAUGGCUCAUGAUGCCAAAGCGAUGAUGGCAGGAACAAUGUCACAUGGGAAAGAUAGAGCAUCUAAUGCCUAUGCCUUCGCUUCUGAGAAGGCAGAUCAACCCAUAAAAGGGGCUUCAGAAAAGGCCAGCAAUGCCAAAGAGACCAUGGCAGGAGCAAUGUCACACGGGCAACAUAAUGCAUACGAUGCCUAUGAUGAAGCUAAAACCGAGGUUGGUGAUACAUAUAGGUUGGCCAGGGAAACCAUGACUGAUCAAGCGAGGGAAACAUAUGGGGUUGGGAAAGAGAAGGCUUCAGAAGGUACAGGUACUCUAGGAGCGAAGAUCAGAAUGGAUGCGGAGCUAUGAGUUGUGAGUUCUUAUUUCGUAUAUUUUAUAUAAAUUUCAUUGUUUCUACUCCUAGAAACAUUAUUAUGUUGAAAGUUGUUAUAAGAAUUUGAUCCCGUAUUUUCUGUUUCACUAAUUUAUUCGCAAGUGAGUCCUUAAGGAACUGUCA